GAUCCCCUCUCUAAAAAAAAAUUAAGACACACUGAGCCUCACCCCAGUUUCUUUUCCAGUUUCUAGCAUGGCUGUGGAUUGGCUUGGCUUCGGCUAUGCCGCUCUGGUGGCAUCAGGAGGGCUCAUUGGAUACGCCAAAGCAGGUAGCGUCCCUUCACUAGCUGCUGGCCUUUUCUUUGGGAGUUUGGCUGGACUAGGUGCCUAUCAGCUCUCACAGAAUCCUAGCAAUGUUUGGAUUUCUCUGAUUACAUCUGGAACUCUGACUGCUGUCAUGGGAACAAGAUUUUACAACUCUGGAAAAUUCAUGCCUGCAGGGCUAAUUGCUGGUGUCAGUUUGCUAAUGGUUGGAAGAUUGGCAGUGAAGAUGGUGGAGAAGCCCCACGAUAAGUAACUGUUCAUUUUACAGCUUUAUAGCUGGAUAAGGAAAUCUGAUAAUGGAGUUGCAUGAAAGCAGAAGCAAGAAGAUGGAACAAUUUUCUAUAUCAAGACGAUUUUUUUUUCUUUUUAUUUUCAUAUAAGGAGGAGUAGAAUGAUGGCAUGGAUAUUUUUACAUACAAGGUGCCAUUUGUUUCAAUGAUCUAGUACAGCUGUUAUUGUGUAGUGAGAAAUUGGUCUUGGAUUUGAUUUUUCCAGACACGUUUCAGUAUAUUUUAACAUUCCCAGUUUUUAUAUUCCAAAAUAGCCUGCUGGUGUGUUGAAGCAGAAAGGACCUGUAAUUAAGAAAGUAUCCACAAAGAGGCACCAGGAGUAAUUAGCUAAAUACAACACUGUAUCUCCUACCUUUCAUAUUGAGCAUACAGUAAGCUUUACCUGUUGCAUUCUGAGUUGAUACACCAUGUUUGUGUA